AUGAGUGAUAUGUAUCAAUGUUUUGGCGAUGGACCUUUUAUUUAUCGGCUAAAUGACAAUGGAAAUGGACCGACAUUAUUGACGCAAGUUUGUAUUGAACGUGGUUGGCGAGAAUAUACACCGGAAAAUGGUGAUAAUUGGAAUUUAUGGUGGCGUACAUCUGGUUUUCCAUUUUCACAAUAUAAGGAAAUUAAAUAUUCACAGUUUACAAACCACAUACCUAAAGGUGCAUCCAUAUGCCGAAAAGAUAAUUUAGCACGUCAUUUAAAGCGUAUGCGUAAAGUAUACGGAUCCAUAUAUGAUUUUAGUCCACAUUGUUAUAACAUACCAUUAGAAUAUACAAAGUUAGCUGCAGAAUGUACACGGUCAUUACGUAAUAUGCAGGCACCUGUAUGGAUAUGUAAGCCUGUAGCUCAAUCACAAGGACGUGGUAUAUUUUUAUUUCGGAAAUUAAGCGACUUAACAUAUGAAACCAAUUCAGUUGUACAACGAUACAUCGAAAAACCACUAUUAAUUGGUGGAUAUAAGUUCGAUUUACGUUUAUAUGUUUGUGUUCCAUCAUAUCACCCUUUAACGAUAUAUUUGUAUCGUGAAGGUUUAGUACGAUUUGGUACCGAUAAAUUUACAUUAAGUGAUUUAAAUAACCCGUUUCGACAUUUAACAAAUAGUUCAAUUAAUAAAAUGGGUCCGGGAUAUUCGGAAGUGAAAGAACGAAUUGGAUCUGGCUGUAAAUGGACAAUACGUCAAUUACGUCGAUAUUUUCAACAUGCUGGUAUGAUGGACUGGCUAUUGUGGCAGAGAAUCGCAUGUUUAGUAGUGUUAACAAUUUUAAGCCAUGCACCAUUAAUUCCACAAACUGUUAACUGUUUUGAGUUUUUUGGAUUUGAUGUGCUUUUGGAUUCAGAAAUGAGACCUUGGUUACUGGAGGUAAAUUUAAGUCCGGCAUUGGGUAACGAUUGCCAAGCAGAUGAAGAAGUCAAGCGACCAUUAUUACACGAUCUUUUCGAUUUGAUGGGUCUUCCAUUGUAUAACACUGGUUUAGCAUUAUAUACAAUACAGCAAAGUAUUCAUUCGGAUGAUGAAAAAGAUGAGCCAUUACAUCACACGAAAACUAGAAAAUCAGUAUUAAAUGCUGCGGGGCGCUGGAAAAAACAUCGUAAAGGAAGCAGUGGUCGUGGUAAAAGUAGUAAAUCAAAAAAUACAUCUAAUAAAUCAUCACAUAACAGCUUAUAUCAAAGCUAUUAUAGUAACCAAAUUGUUCUGCCAACGAAACCGCGUUUAUGGGAAACAAUUACAUCCAGUAAUAAUAUGAAUGCCAGUUGGUUUCAAACACGAAAAGGUGUAUGGGGUAAUGGGCGUGAUUGGAAAGAAUCACCAAUUAGUGAAGGGGGUUGGACAAGAUUAUUUCCAUAUAUUGACGAUGGUGAUAACAUGAUAAGAGAUGAUGGGAGUGUUAAAAAAAUGGUUUCACAAGAAAAAUAG